CACAAAAUGCUGCGAAAUAUAUUAUCGAAACACGCGAUUAUCUCGGAAAACGUAAGAGUUUAAUAUUGUCGUAUCCAAAUAUCUCGUGAAAUCAAUAUCGAUCUUUUGCCCUUUCAAAAGACUGUUAACAGAUGGUCAAAAUUAAUGCACCGCUUCCCGUUAAGAUGCAAAUUUCAUAAUUUUCUUUAAACGGAAACAGUGCGACAUAGUUGGAUCUAUGUCGCGUAAAUACACAAUUCGUAAUGAGAAAAGAAAGAGCGCGCGCUUUUAUCAAAAGAAGCGUUCGCUCGUUCGUCGAAUUUCAACGAUUUCACUGAAAAAAAAACGCGAAAGUUCGUACUCAGCAUGCAAACUAUCCGGAAUCUCUCUCGUCACGUCACGAAAUUCCAGGACCUUUGGCACAGGCGUAGAAGAGACUCGUAGGGCUGAGCGCGGAAUGAGCGCCGAUGGUAAGUCGGUUCUUCGCAUACCGAACUCUCAGGUAGGUUGGAAGGUGGUAAACGAGCUAGACGAGGAAAGAAACGAGAAAUCUGUGAGGCGAGAGAAAGAGAAAGAAUCAACGGCGAAGGGGAACAGAGUUGGAAACAGAGAAGAAAGAGUAAGAAGAAAGUGAGUGAGAGAGAGAGAGAGAGAGAGAGAGAGAGAGAGAGAGAGAGAGAGAGAGAGAGAGAAGGAAAGACAUGAGCAAGCGGGCAGACGAGCAAACGGGCAAGCGAGCAAGUAAGCAGACAAGCAGGCAGGCAGAGUUUGGUAUAGUUAGUCUAGCUGCUCGAUGCUGCGAAGCGAGCUGAAUGCCGAGGCUCCGGUAUAUCGAGGUACGCUGUACUACCGCUCCCCUCUCCAAGAUGGCCGCCGUUUGGGUCCAGCCGGGUUCCCCUGACCGAGCCAGCCGAGUCGAUCGUGUCAGGGGAAGGGUAGGCCUUGCAGGUGCCGCCAUGUCAGUGCAUGCCUAACCUCGAAGCCGCGCGGAACGGACGCUGGGCCCAACAACGCCAACAUCUCUCACGCAGUGUUUCCAUUUUCAUCAGCCGUUGUUCGUCGAGGCUUGUUGUUAAACCACAAGAUCGAUUAUUUAAAAUCCUUGCGAUUCGCUACGUUUCGUUCGAUCGAUCGCGUGUGCGCGAGAUCUCAGAUCGAACUUGUAUAAUAUACAGAGGAAUCGAGAAAGAGGUGUAUCGAAGCGAAAGGAGACUCUACCUAGAGAGAGAGAGGAUCGGAGUGAACGUUCUAUGAUACGCGACGUGGAAAAGUCGUAUCAAAUGUGAUUUUUUUCUUGUAAGGUGGUUCGCAUCGUGUUCAUCGUUCGUGGAUCGUGUUGGUUGUUGGCCGUCGUGUAGGCAGUGUAUCGUGCGUGACAGUUUUUGGGGAAAGAUCGGCUGAUGCUGUUUAGACGUAAAUACAGUUGCGAAUCGAGGUGAAAAGUAAAUUCGCGGCAAAAAAAAAAAAAAAAAAAAAUAAAUAAAUAAAAAAGGAGAAGAGCGGUCAACGAAACAUUUCGAUUCGUCUUAUUUGCCCGUUAACAUCCAAAGGAGGAGAGAACGAAUGAACGACCGUUCGAUCGAUCAUUUUUCGAAUACGAAAUUCAAGAGAACGAAAAUUUGUAUGCAAAUCGGUUAAUGGUGGUCGAUGAAAAUGAGAAAAGAAGAAGAGAUUACGAAACUAAAGGUAUAGAGAUCGGUUGGCGGAGAAAAUUGUAAACGUCUAGAAUGAAUUUUUGAAUCGGAUCCGACGGAAGCCAAGAGAUGAAGAGCGUUCCAGACGUGAAGCGAUCGUGGCGAGUUCGCGACCGAUCGUGUUGAUCGUCGAGUUAUCGGACGUGAAUCUAACGCGAGGAAUGUACGAUAUCUCGAGGCGAAGAUAUUCUAGAAGAGGUGAGGACAGCGCGGAUACCACGGGUUGCUAGAGAGAAGGAGAUAAACCUAGGGAGAGAAAGUAAGAAAGAGGACGAGAGAGCACGUACGCGGUGUUAGAACGAAAGGUAGUAGAAGAAGAAGAAGAAGAAGAAGGAAGAACCAUAGAAGAGGAAACGAGGAAAGGAAAGAAAUAAGUGAUUUGAAAGAGAGAAAAGGAGAGGAGAAGAAGGUGGAACGGGAUCGGAUAAGCUCGCAUCUACCGAAGGAAUUUCCACGAGGCAUAGCGAGUCCUGGCGAACGGCAUGUUUAUAAUCUAGCACAGUCACCUUCAGAGACGCUGGUUCGUUGGUCGAAAGGAUCGGCAGGCAGGUUAUACACGGAAGGAUAGGCGCGAACGCACAGUCGAACGUAAUUCCUAGAAAGGAAUAGUGGAAGUGUUUACGAGAGAAACGAGCUGGAUAGAAUCGUGAUUGUGGUGGUGAUACUGUUAGGUAGUGGGUGAUCAAUGUGUCGAUUAAUAGUGUAUAAACGCUCUCUUUAGCCGGUGAAUUUUUUUAAAAUAUCGACGAAACGGACGAAACUCGUGCUCGGAUUUUUUCGAUUAAGAAACGGAAAGACGGACAAACUGAGACGGACAGACAGACGGAUAGAGAGAGGGAGAGAGAGAGGGAGAGAGGGAGGGAGAGGGAAAGAGAAAGAGAGCGAGUAGGUUUUUGUGGCCGUAUGAAGAAGAUUCGGAGGCAUCAUUUCACGAUCGAUCGUCCAGAAAUGGAAAGAGAAUCGAGAUAAUAGCGAAGGAGGGCGGAGGUGGAGGUGGAGGUGGUUGUGGAGGCCCCCAGGAUGCGGCACCUGCUACUGUUCCUCGUCCUGGGAGCGACUCUCGCCCCGGGCACGCGUUCCGAGCUCGUAAGAUACUUGGAGGUCUCGGAGAACGCUCGACCGGGUACCAGGGUGGGUUUCAUCGACGCCGACAGUCCGCCGUACUUGAUCGUGUCGGUUUCCGGAUCCGCGGUCGAUUCGGACUUGAUAGUGGAUCACGCGACAGGCGAGAUAAGGACAAAAGUGGCGUUGGAUCGGGAAACGAGGCCGUCCUACAGUUUGGUAGCGUUGCCGCAGAACAUUCAAGUGGUGGUGAAGGUUCUCGACGAGAACGAUAACGCGCCAACGUUUCCUGUGGAUCACGUGGACGUCGAGUUUCCGGAGAAUUCUCCUCGGGACGCGAAACGAGCUCUGCCACCGGCCAAGGAUCCCGAUCUCGGCCAAUACUCGACCCAACGUUACGAGAUCGUGUCCGGAAAUCACGAGGACGCGUUCAGAUUGUCCCAGCAUCGUGGCCGCGACGGUGUCCUUUACCUGGAUCUGCAGAAUUCCGGUUCGCUCGAUCGUGAGGCUCGAUCUCGUUAUCAUCUGGUGAUAGAGGCGUUGGACGGUGGUGCUCCGCCGCUUCGUUCCAGACUCCACGUGAACGUGACGGUACAAGAUGUGAACGACAAUCCGCCGAUCUUCAAUCAAACUAGAUACGUGGCGAGCGUACCGGAGAAUGCGACCGUCGGGACGCCUGUACUCGCAGUGAACGCGACGGACAGUGAUGCAGGUGAGAACGGGCGCAUAGAAUACUCGAUCAAUCGACGGCAAUCGGAUCGCGAGGAGAUGUUUCGCAUCGAUCCGGAAACGGGAAUGGUGUACGUGAACAAGGCGUUAGACUUCGAGUCGAAGGAGAGGCACGAGUUGGUGAUCGUUGCGCGGGAUCGUGGCGCCCAACCUCUGGAGGCGAGCGCGUUCCUCUCGGUCCGCGUAACCGACGUGAACGACAAUCAACCCGCGAUCACUGUUAUUUUCCUCUCGGACGACGCGACCCCCAAGAUAAGCGAGAGCGCUCAACCGGGGGAAUUCGUCGCUAGGAUAUCGGUAAGCGAUCCGGAUUCGAGGACCGAGUACUCGAACGCUACCGUCACAUUGACCGGCGGCGAAGGACAUUUUGGCUUGGCUACAAGGGAUAACAUAAUAUACUUGGUGGUGGUAGAGAGGCCGCUCGAUCGCGAGGAAAAGCCGGUCUAUGAUCUCUCGGUGGAGGCGACAGACGCCGGUACGCCACCUUUGAGAGCCGUUCGAACCUUCCGCCUGAUCGUCACCGAUGUGAAUGACAACGCCCCGAAAUUCGCUCGAGACAGAUACGAAGCUCACUUGUUGGAAGCCUCCGAGCCGGGUACACCGGUUUUAAAGGUGACCGCGACGGAUCUCGACGAAGGUGCCAAUUCGGCCAUCAAGUAUUCCCUUUUAAAUUCCACGUGGUUCACCAUCGACGAAACAUCCGGCCUGAUAUCGACCCAAACUCACGUGGACUGUGAAGCUGACCCCGCCCCAAUUUUAGUCGUGAUCGCGACAGACUCGGGUCGCCCUCCUUUGAGUAGUAGCGCGACAGUGCGUGUCACGGUGCACGAUCUCAACGACAACGAGCCCAUCUUCGAGAAACCGCUGUACAACGCGACUGUACCGGAGGAUAUGCCCGUUGGACGCUGUUUUCUCAAGGUAAGGUCUGUUGGACGACGCUACGUUGCCAACCUUUCUUCUUCUCUUUCGGUGCGGGCCACGGAUCCGGAUUGCGGCGUGAACGCCAUGGUGAAUUACACGUUAGCCGCGGGAAGAAUGGAAAGCGAACAGCUGAUGGUACGCAGCGAUACCGGAGACAUUUGCGUCAGAACGCCGUUGGACAGGGAAACCGCUCCCUAUCUAGAGAUUCCCGUCAUCGCUACCGACCGAGGGGGUCUGAGCACCGUGGCCAUCGUGAGGGUGCAAGUGACCGACGUGAACGACAACCGUCCGAUCUUCGAGCCGAGAAGGUACAACGUGACGUUGAAGACCGACAACUCGAUUCAAGGGGCAAUUUUGAGGGUGGUCGCCACGGAUUUGGACGCGGGGUUGUUCGGCCAGGUGGCGUACCGGAUCACGAGCGGGAACGAGGCAGGCGUUUUCCAGAUCGAUCGGAACACGGGGGAAAUGGAAGUGGCGAGGCCGGCGUUCCUCUCCAGGUCGCCGUUCCAUCAAUUGAACGUGACGGCAACGGACGCGGCAGGCUUGAAGAGCAUGCACGACGCUGAAAUCAGAAUCACCGCGUCCUCCCCCGGGCACAGGAUCGCCAGCUGCGAGAAACCACGCUACACCAUCACCGUCAAGGAGACCGUCCCUCAGAACAGCGUGGUCGGAGGAGUGAAGGACGGAGCUUCGUCGGGUGAACGGCCGACCAGAUUUUACUUGGCGAAGGAGGAACCGGAUCUAAGUAUGGAUCCCGUCACGGGUAUGAUUCGAAUUCGUGUCCCGUUGGACCGAGAAACGCGGGACAAGUACGUUCUGAGCGUGGAGGCACGGAAUGGAAUUUCCACGGGCUACUGUCAGGUGGAGCUGAACGUGGAGGACGUGAACGACAACGGGCCGGCGUUCCCGACGAGCAGCGUCCGCAUCUCCGUGGCGGAGUCGCACCCCCUUCACGCGCCCCUCUACGUGGCGCACGCGACCGACCCCGACGUCGUCCCGUCCCACCCGAUCCGCUACGCGCUCGGCCAGAACAGCAACGACCUGUUCGGAAUAGACGCCCGCUCCGGAGAGCUCUAUCUGUCGAGGAGGUUGGAUUACGAGACGCAGCAGCGGCACGGUCUUCUGAUAAGGGCGUUGGACGGUGGCGGCCUCUCCGCCAACCUGAGCCUGAGCGUCGAGGUGCAGGACGUGAAUGACAACCCCCCAGUGUUCGAGAGGAACGAGUAUCACGUGGAGGUUCCCGAAGGCGCCAAGCUCGAUUCCCAAAUACUCCAAGUGACCGCGGUCGACCUGGACACGGGUAACAACGCGAGGCUGAGCUACCGGCUCCAAGGAUCGACGGCAUUUCGAAUCAGCCCCAACACCGGGUGGAUUUAUCUGGCGCAAGCGCUCGAUCGAGAGAGCUCGGAUAGACACGCGCUCACGGUUCUCGCGACCGACAACGGUUCCCCCGCCGCGACAGCGAGCACUUCCGUGCUGGUCACGGUGCUCGACGACAAUGACAACGAUCCCCGCUUCGAGAAGGAGUUUUACGGAUUCGAGCUGCUGGAGAACUUGCCCUCGGGUACGCUGGUCGGGUCCGUGAGCGCCUCCGAUCCCGAUCUCGGCAAGAACGCGCUGCUCAGGUACGCGGUGGUCCAGGCCAACAGCAGCUUCACCGUCGACCCCGACACAGGCGAGAUCAUCACGAAAGAACCGCUGGACCGGGAAACGAAGGGGGUGCACGAGCUCGUGCUCGAGGCCAGGGAUCAAGGAACUCCGUCGAGGGCGGCCAGGGUGCCCCUCAAGAUCACGGUCCUCGACGUGAACGACAACUCGCCCGAAAUCGUGGAUCCUCAAGGGGACGUGGUCAGCGUGAGGGAGGAGCAGCCACCGGGCACGGAAGUGGCGAGGGUGAGGGCUUUGGACACCGACCUCGGCGAGAACGCGUCCGUCACCUACACGAUUCUCAAAGAUCGGGACUCGGACGGGUACAACGUUUUCACCAUCGACCCGAUCACGGGGAUGAUCAGGACGAAGGCGGUCCUUGACCACGAGGAGCGCAACGUGUACCGGGUGUCCGUGAAGGCGACGGACGCGGGCCGACCACCCCGCCACAGCAUACGCGCGCUGAGAGUGGAGGUUUUAGCGCUCGCGGAUAACCGGCCGACCUUCACCAGUAGCAGCCUUACCUUUAACGUGCGGGAGGACGCGAGUAUAGGACAAGCGGUGGGCUCGGUGUCGGGGGCGGGUCCCGCUGGGCGCGUGGCCUUCACCCUGGACUCUCUCACGCCCAUCAGCGAAUUUCCAGCGUUCGACGUGGAUCGAAGCUCCGGCCAGCUGGUGGUGGCCCACUCCCUCGACCGCGAGAACGUGAGCGAGUACCACCUGGAGAUCCGCGCGUUGGACACGACCUCGAUCGGCAACCCUCAGAGCAUCGCCGUCUCGGUGAAGAUCGCGAUCGAGGACGCGAACGACAACCCGCCCCGAUGGCCGCAGGAUCCGAUAACGGUGCGCGUGUCGGAGAGGGCGGCGAUCGGCUCCACGAUCUACAAUUUGACGGCCAUCGACCUGGACAGCGGUCUGAACGGGGACCUGCGCUACGGCCUGGUGGCCGAGUUUCCCCCGAGGGACAGCUUCGCGGUCGACUCGCUGACCGGCGCGCUCACGCUGGCCAAGCCCUUGGACAGGGAGGAGAGGGCGGAGUACACGCUGAUCCUGAAGGCGUCGGAUCGCGCCCCUCCCGGCGAGCGGUUAGCCUCCACCGUCACGGCGAGGAUCGUCGUGCUCGACCAGAACGACAACGACCCGAUUUUCGUGGCGCCGGAGUCGACCAAAAUUGCGGUGACGCCGGACCUGUUGCCAGGGGCGACGUUGGUGAGAGUGGUCGCCGUGGACAAGGACGCGGGCGACAACGGGCGCGUGUCCUACGUGAUCACGUCGGCGAACGAGGAGGCGAGGUUCUCGGUCGGCUACGAGUCCGGCAUAGUGAGCUUGGAGAGGCCCAUGGCGAGGUCGACGGAGCUCGAGAUCACGGCCAACGACCACGGCUCCCCGCCGCGCAAGUCCACCCUCAGGCUGAUCCUCUCCUUGGCUUCCGGCCAGACCAACGGACCCCCCCGCCUCCUGCUCGCCAACCCCGUGGCCAGGAUUUCGGAGGACCUGCAGGUCGGAGCGCCGGUUCUCAACGUCGCCGGCCCCAUCAUCGCCGAUCAAGGUAACGUGAGCUUCGGUAUCCCGAGCAACGCGGCCUCGGAUAAAUUCACCGUUUUGCCGAGCGGUCUGGUCACGCUUCGAGGUCCCCUGAACCGCGAGGAAGUCUCCCGGUACUCGGUCCCGAUCCUGGCCAGAUCCAGCAAGCUGUUGGACAUCGCCACUCUCGAGGUUCUGGUCAUAGACGAGAACGACAACAGCCCCGAAUUUCGGCCCGGCUCGUGUUACACCCUCGCCGUGCCCGAGAACCAAGGGACCGCCGUGAUUCACACGAUCGCGGCCGCCGAUCUCGACGAGGGAAAGAACGGGGAAAUUUACUACAGCAUCGUGGGUGGGAACGUCGGCGCCAAGUUCGCGUUGGAUCCAACGAGCGGCGCGCUCUCCAUGUCGAAUCUGGAUAGGGAGUCGGUGUCGAAGUACGCGUUGACGAUCUCGGCCAAGGACAAAGGCCGGCCGAGCCUGGAGGCGCGGUGCAACUUGACGGUGAUCGUGCUGGACGUGAACGACAACGCCCCGACGUUCGUCCAGAACCAAUACGCCGAGUCUCGGCCUCGCGGGGGGUCGUCGGUCCCGAGCACCGCCGAGUAUCCAGCUUUCGGAUUCUCCUACGGAUCCUCCUCCAAUUAUCCGACGAGCAACCAUCCGGCCAAGUACGUGGCUACCGUGUCCGAGGACGUGGCCCCGGAUUCGAGCGUGAUGACCGUGAGAGCGACCGAUCCGGAUCAAGGGGUGAACGGCAAGAUCACGUACGCCAUCGCCGAAGAGACGAGCUGGUUGUUCAGGGUUGACAAUUUAACGGGCGUCGUUACGACGGCUGGCCCCUUGGACCGCGAACGGCAGAGCUCGUACAAGUUCGUGGUGGUGGCGACGGACAGCGGCAAGUACGACGCGAGGAGCAGCACGAUCCCCGUGGAGAUACGGGUGAGCGACGUGAACGACAACGCGCCCGUGUUCGAGGAGUAUCCCUUCCGUGCGCGGGUGUCGAUCGGCACUCAGCCGGAGAAGAACAUCGUGCGCGUGGUGGCGACCGACAUCGACGAGGGAUUGAACGGCGAGAUCGUGUACUCGUUCCUGCACGAGCAGGAGAAGCCGAAGUUCAGGAUACACCCGAGCACCGGGGCGGUGACCGCGGCGCUGUCCCUCUCCCAGGACAACGGCAAGACGUAUCACUUGGAGGUGGUGGCCAGGGACAAGGGGAGCCCGCCGAGGAGCGCCCGGGGGUUGAUCGAGCUGCGGGUGGGCGACCUGGCGGAUUUGGCGCCGGUGUUGAAGUUUCAGAACGAGACGUACGAGGUGGUGGUGGGGGAGAAUUGCGCGGCCGGCACCGAGGUGAUCCGAGUGACGGCCGUGCGAUCGGACGGCAGACGGCAACGCGUCUCCUACUCCCUCGGCUCGGGGAACGAGUCGGGAACGUUCGCGAUCGACGAGGACACCGGCUCGAUACGCGUCAACGACCCCUCGAGGUUGGACGCGGAAGCGUGGACCGACACGAGGGUGAGGCCCGCGGAGGAGGGGGCGGAGGACGACGGCAGGACGAACUCGUGGGCGAGGUCGUUGGAAGGUGGCGGGCAGCGACCGAAGGAGAAGCCCAGGGAGAGUUCGAAGCACGUGCUGACGGUCGCCGCGAGGACCAGCGGCCCCGACCCUUUGGAAGCGUACGUCAAGUUGGUGGUGAAGGUGUCGGACGUGAACGACAACCCGCCCAUUUUCACUCAGACCCAGUACUCGGCCACCGUCCUGGAGGGGAACGUGAAAGGGGAUUUCGUCGUCAAGCUUUCGGCGAGCGACGCGGACCAAGGGAUGAACGGGAGAAUUCUGUAUCAUAUCGUGGACGGGAACCCGGAUAACGCGUUCACCAUAAGCCCCCCUUACAGCGGAAUAGUUCGGACCAACAUCGUUCUGGAUCGCGAGAUUCGGGAAAAGUACAGGCUGACGAUAAUCGCGACGGAUCAAGGGAACCCUCAGCUGACCGGGACGGCCGCGCUCAGCGUCAGGGUGAUCGAUAUCAACGACAACCAACCGACGUUUCCGGAGCACAGUAUCAUCUCCGUUUCGGAAGGUACGGCGGUUGGGACCGUGCUGACCACGAUCACGGCCAACGACGUGGACAGUUCCCCGGCCUUGACCUAUCGAUUCGGCAACGCGACCGAUCCAGGUCCCUUCAGCGUCGACAGAUACGGGGGCAAGGUCGUCCUCCGGAGGCGUUUGGACGCCGAGACGCGGUCCGAGUAUAGCCUGCAAGUAAUCGCGAGCGACGGUAUUCACGAGGCGAGCACGGACUUGAUAGUCCGCGUCACGGAUCUCAACGACAACGCUCCGCGAUUCCAGCAAUCCGCUUACAUCGCCACCCUGCCUGAGGGACGAGGAGGAGAGUUGCAAGAGAUCGCGACGGUGAACGCGACCGACGACGAUCUCACGGAGGACAACAGUCGGGUGAGAUACCAUCUGCUGAGAGCUACGAAAGGGUUCUCGGUGCAUCCGGCGACCGGUGUUGUGACGGUCAAUCGCACCGCGAUACCGAGACCGUUGCCCAAAGAGGUGGAGUUGGCGAUCGUGGCCGAGGAUUACGGGAAACCGCCUGCCUCGUCCGUGUGCUCGGUCGUCGUACGAUUGACCAGUUUGAAGAGCAGCAACUCGCCCGGCAAAGAGUACAAGAUCACGGCCAAGGAGAACACUUGGAGGGGGACGACGCUGAUGAGGUUGUCCGACGUGGACCUUCUGGACGGCAGCAUCGUGGCCGGAGACGACGCUGGGACGUUCGAGGUAUCGAGAGGAAGGUUGAUCCUGUCCAAGCCGUUGGACAGGGAAACGAGGGACAGAUACGUUUUACGAUUAGGCUCGAGGAACGAGAACGCGACGACCGGCUCCCUGGUGGGGGACGAGCCCGUUACGGUGGUCGUCACGGUGGAAGACGCGAACGACAAUUAUCCCCGCUUCUCGGAGGACGUGCACCAGGUGUCGAUCAAGGAGGACGCGGCUCGCGGGGCGACGGUGGCCGUGUUGCGCGCCAGGGACGACGAUCUCGCGGGGACCGCGGCCGCCAAUCUGGUGUACGAGAUCACGUCGGGGAACGACGGGGGCCUGUUCCGCGUGGACAGGGGCACGGGCGCCGUGCUCGUGAACGCGACGCUGGACUGCGACCUGGAGCCGGACGUGCACAAUCUGGUGGUGAUGGCCUGCGACACGGACCCGAUCUCCCCGCUCUGCGCUUUGACCAGGCUUCGCGUCCGCCUCGAGGACGUGAACGACAACUCGCCCAAGUUCCCCGUGCCCGAGUAUCUCGAGUUCGUCGGGGAGAACGAGCCGAUCGGGACCACCGUGUUCUCGGCCCGCGCCUCGGACCUCGACCGCGGCAUAUUCGGCGCGCUCAACUACUCGAUCGUGUCCGCCGCGGCGACCGGUUUCUCCGACAUCGACGACAGUUGGAGGUUGUUCGCCGUGGACGGGAAGUCGGGCGCGGUGACGACCCGCGCCGUGUUCGACUACGAGUUGCGCAACAGGUACGCGUUCACCCUGCGCGCGACCGACACGGGCGGUCGGACGGCGGCCGUCAGGGUGAGGGUGGAGAUCGAGUCGAGGGACGAGUUCUAUCCCCAGUUCACCGAGAGGAUGUACAGAUUCGGGAUGAGGAGCGGGGCGAGGAUACUGGCCGGGACGGUGAUCGGGCACGUGACGGCCACCGACCGGGACAAGGGGCCGGACGGCCGGGUCGUUUACCAGCUCACCUCCCAGCAUCCCUACUUCAAGCUGAACCGUACCACGGGCGCGUUGAUCGUGAAGCAGAAGUUGCUGCACCUGGACAUGGACGUGGAGGAGUCGUCGAGGCUGGUGGUGAGCGCGAGUUCCGGCAGGCAGGGCUCGUUGUCGAACAUGACCGUGGUCGAGAUCACGUUGACGGACGAGAGCGAGGCGAACGAGGGGGCGAGAGGAGGCGCCACGGCCUUGGCCACGCCGAACGACGUGGGGGGAGGGGGGGCCUCUUCGGCCAACGAAGAGCAGGAGGACGACGGCGGCGGCGAGAGAAACGGCGAGGAGAAACAGAACAGGAACAGGGGCAAGAACGGGAGCAACAUGGCCGUGGCUACGUCGGGCGGAUUGGCCGAUUGGGCGUUAGGUUUAUUGAUCGCUCUGCUCCUGUUGGUCGUCGCCUUCGGUGCCGUUUUCCUCUACCUCCACCUUCGAAACCGAAGGCACAAGAAACCCGGGACCAAGCCCGGGUUGAACGGCGAGAGCAACGCGACCGCGUCCAACAGCUACGUGGACCCGAGCGCUUUCGACACGAUACCGAUCCGCAGCGUGGGCGGGGUGGGGGCCGGGGGGAACGGCGGGUCGGGGAACGGGAACGGGGGAGGUGGCGGGGCGUCGUGCCAAUUCGCGCCCCCGAAAUACGACGAGAUACCGCCGUACGGCACCUCGGGCCAGUCCGGCCAGCAACAGGCCACCUCCGAGUUGUCGGGCAGCGAUCAGUCCGGCUCGUCGGGGAGAGGGUCGGCCGAGGACGACGGGGAGGACGAGGAGAUUCGCAUGAUAAACGAGGGGCAGCAGACGGGCGACUCGGCCAGCGACCUCUCGGUGCACAACACUCAGGAAUAUUUGGCCAGGCUCGGGAUCGUCGACCCCCCCGCGGGCACCCCGAGGAGGCCGCCCGAAGCGCUGCCCCUCGACAGCUUGCACUUGUUCGAGGACGAGGCCGCCACCGAGGCGGACAUCGCCACCCUGAUCUACGGGAAGAUCGGGGAGCCGGGCAGGCCGAUGUCGGGUUUGGAAGUGCCGGGCGGCCCGUCCAUGAACGGCUCGCUGAGCUCGAUCGUGCACAGCGAGGAGGAGUUGACGGGGUCGUACAAUUGGGACUAUUUGCUCGACUGGGGCCCCCAUUAUCAACCGUUGGCCCACGUGUUCAGCGAGAUCGCCAGGCUCAAGGACGACGCCGCGAGCGUUCAGAGCGGCAAUUCGGGGAGCAGCGGCAAGACCAAGUCUGUACAUAAAGCUCCGCCCCCGCCGCUGCUCACUUCCGUUGCCCCGAGGUCGUUAGCGGCCCCCGCGCUGGCCAGAGGCAUCCUCCCCAGAUCUCCCAUCAGCCACGACGCCUCCACUUUCCCCUCCGCCGCUCUCAGCCCCAGCUUUUCCCCGUCCCUCUCCCCUCUAGCCACCAGAAGUCCUAGCAUCAGCCCUUUGGUCCCACCCGCCACCCAAAGGUCCGCUCAAAGUGCCAACAGGGGUAUUCCGGUUACCGACGCCGAGUUGAGGAUUUAACCUCCGAUUUUGUUUUUUUUUUUUUUUCUUAAUUAUACCCGUCCAAUUAUCCUCGCGUUACGUUGUCACGUCGCGUUAUCAUUGUCACGCAUCGAUCCCCAAUUCUAUUGUAUUCGAUGUAACAGCGAUUCGAAAGUUACGAGCGAUUUCUUCCUGUUUUUUUUUUUUUUUAAAUAAGCGUGUGCAAACGAUCCAAUUUCAUUCGCAUAGAGGGUGUUGAACGUAACAAUACACUCGAUUCCGCGUGAUUUCCAAUGCGCAGCGUGUAUAAAAUAGAGAUUAGAGAUCGUUAAGUUUGACUAACCUUCGCCGGGAUUCUCGAAGGUGCAAAGGUGCAUAUAUAUAUAUAUAUAUAUAUAUAUUUUAUUUUCCUCGUGAUAGAAACCUGUUUUACGCGCCUAGGUGUAGAGUCGAAAUAUCGUUGUAGAUAAUCCAUCGUUUUUUUUUUUUGUUUUUUCGCCCUCUCUCGUUACGUUUGCGUAAAGAAUCGUAGCGUACCUAUUGUUCGAUAAGUUACGAUUCGCAAGGGGACAAGAGGCGCGAUAUUUUUCUAGAAAGUCUAUCGUCGCGCUAGCUUGCCGUUUCGAUCGUCGCGUCGAUCGAUCGAUAGUGAAAAUAAUACUCGAUUUGUUUGUAAAUAAAAAAGAGUCCGUAAAUCGACUCGUAGCUGUUAAGUGAUCGUGUAAAUAAUACUCAUUCGACGAAAAGGAAAAAAGAAGAAGAAGAAGAGGAAGAAGAAGUAGAAGAAAAAGAAGAACUGACGCGCAUUUUAUAUGUAUAUGUAUAAUCAAAAGAUAGACUGUUCACUGUUCGAUGCUCAUACCUUUGUACCGUGCCCGUUGAAACGUAAGACUGUGCAGUGACCUAAUUUUUUUUUUUUUUUUAAUCGUAGAACGAAACGGGAGAAUCGGUCGAUCGCUCGAACGUAUUAAUAUUUUCCUCGAGCGCGCGUUGCUGCGACGAUUUGUUGAACUUGCGGAUCGAAAUUGCGCGGUACGAGCGAAUCGAUCGAUUCGCGAUUUCGAAGGAAAUCACCGCCCGUUUUGUUUCGUCACUUUUCGUACUCGUUUUUUGUUUUUUCGACGGAAUUUUAGAAUUUCCACGUAACGGAAAAAAGAUGAUCGCAAGUGAUUUCAGCCAGGUACAUACGUGUAUACAUAUAACGAUGAAACAAUUAGAAAAUAGAUACGUCGUAUUUUGUAUAAAAGAAAGAAAAGGAAAAAAAAAAAAAGGACAAUUCUGUACAAAGACUCUUCUGUGAGCCCCGUCCCCAACGAUUCGCUUCACGGCGGAUCUUAAAUAAAUGAAUUUUUUAGGAAUUUGAUAAAUUUGUGUUUAUUUUAUCUCGAAAGCUAAAAGGUAAAAACGAAAUCUCGAAAUCGGGGAGAAAUAGAUGGGGAAGAAAGAAGCGUACGAUACAACGGGUGUAUCUCGUAUAAAUCUUGCACCUUGUAAUACAACACGUUGAGCUUUACAAGUAUAUUCACACGUAGUCUUUCAAGUAUUUUUUCAAUAAAUUCUUUCUCUCUAUUUGUCUCCCUUUUCGGGUUAUUAUUAUUAGUGCAAAGCGCUCUCUCUCUCUCUCUUUCUCUUUCUCUCUUUCUCUCUCUCUCUUUCUCUCUCUCCCUUUCUCUCUCUCUUUCUCUCUCUCUCUCUCUCUCUCUCUCUCUCUCUAUUCUAGCCAUACGCUAUUCGAUCGUAAAUAAUAAACUCAACGUUGAUGCGUGAGAAUUCGUGUUAUCGCAAACUUUGAAAAAAAGGAAACGGUUCAACGGAAAUACCAUUCGAUACGGCUCGAGAACGGAAAUAAGCAAGGAACGCGUUCAACGGAAAAAACAGCGAGAAAGCCGCGAAAAUUAUUCCAACUAUUUCUCGACCAAAAAAAAAAAAAAAAAAGAAUCAAA